AUGCGAAUCCAUCGCACAGAGACUGGCGAACCAGUGCCUGGAGCACCAACCUACACCCAUCGCACUCACCUCCACUGCCCACGCUGCCCUCGCACCUUCAGGCACCGCAUGGGCCUAUUCGGCCACAUGCGUACCCACGAGUGCGGCACUGACCGCACUCCCGACACACCCACCACAUCCACCGUGCACAACCCCACCCUCGCUCCAUCCGUUUUCGCCACCACCACCACCGCCUCCUCUGUAGCUGACGCUGACACCGCCGACUUCUCAUGCCCACACUGUCCACGCACAUUCACCUCACGCAUCGGCCUGGUCGGUCACUUGCGAAUCCAUCGCACAGAGACUGGCGAACCAGUGCCUGGAGCACCAACCUAUACCCCCCAAGCUCGUCUCAACUGCUCACACUGCCCUCGCACCUUCGGACAACGCAUGGGCCUAUUCGGUCACAUGCGCAUCCACGACGACCUGCGGUAG